CGAAACAGUGUGGGCAAUUGCUGUGCACGGGCAUCAAGGCAUCUCUGCUCCGUCUUGGGCUCCUCCUCUCUCGCCCAUCGGCCAUCGCCCUCCGCUACGGCCACGCGCCGCGCUGCACCCCUGGGCCCCGCGGGUGAGGGGUAGAAACGAGAGAGAGAGAGAGUCCAAUCCAGUCGCGCGCGCGCGCCGGGGAGCGGGGACGGGGCGGAGGAGAAUGUUUGGCUGGUCCGGGUCCGGUCGCACGGCAUGGUGGUGGACGCGAGCCGCCUGCGAGGGCCGAGGGGAGAGGGAUGCGUCAAGAAAGCUCUCGGCUUUUAGCUUGCUUUGGGCGCCCACACCAAUGCCACACUGCUCUGCUCUCCGAGUAACUUAUUGCGAGCAGCGCCCCAGGUGACCGAGCGAGCGGGCCGGCGAGGGCUCAGCUUUGGAUAAUUCUUGCUCCCUCUUGUCCUUUCGGUUUGAAGCUUUCUGGAGGGAGAAGGGAGCACGCAGCUCGGCGCCAGUGAGAGAGAGGAUUAGAGGAGCGAGAGGAAAGGGGGGAGAUCAUGCUUGCAGAGCGUGCUCCGUGAUGCGGUGAGCGCCGCUAACCUCGGUUGAUUUCUUGGUGGGAGGCGACAAACGCGUGCGUGAGCCGCCGCUUGCUUGGGAGGUGGUGGUGAGACCAGGCGUGCUCCUUCGCACUUGUCUCUGUUUGAGUUCGUUGUCGUCAGGUAAAUAUCACGAGCACCAUGCUCGAGUUCUUGUAGCUCCGCAGCUUCCUCGCUUCUUGCAUCCUUUGCAACUUGUCUCCUGUUGUUUUCCUCUGAUUUCCAUGGAGGAAAGAUGCUGGGUGUGCCAGUGAUGUGGGCGUGGAGCAGGCAACAAUUGGCUCGUCCUGGACAUUGAUCGAUUCUCCCCUAUUCUCGUCCAAGGAAUUUUAUUCGUUUCUCCUAGCAAGUCGUGUAUGCUUGUUUCGUGGAGGUAGGAGCUAGGAUGACGAGCAGGAACCCUACCAAAACCCUGUCGGUCCUGACCACUCUCCUGCUGCUGCUUGAGUUCCUCGCGCUGUGCGCGCCCGCCUCCGCCCAGCCGCUCCACUCGGAGCCCAUGGCUACGCAGUCCCCGCCGCCGCCGCUGCCGCCGGGGUCCACGAUUCCCCGGGCGCAGGCCGGCGGCGCCGCACGCCUCCGCCGCAUUGCGCUCGGGGUCCUCUUCGGCUCCCUCUCCGGUUUCCUCCUCGCGCUCGCCUUCCUCUACGCCAUCCGCCUCGCCAUCCUCCACGCCAAGAGCACGCCCGCGAUCGCCAAGGGCCCCGUCUCCUUCGCCCCGCAAAUCUCCGCCAAGAACCUCCUGGCCGCGCUCCCCGCCGCGCAGCCGCUCGCCCAUGGGCCCCAUGGCAAGUACUACAAGCUGGCACUCGACAACGACCUCACCGUCGCCGUCAAGCGCCUCGAGGCGGCCAGCCGCCCCGAGGCCUCGCCGUCCAUGUCCCCGAGCGCGUCCAAGUCGGACAUGAGGAGGGUGCAGAGGCAGCUUGAGGCACUUGCUCGGGUCAGGCACCAGAAUGUGUUGUCGUUGAAGGCAUACGUUCGCGAGGCGGACCGCCUCUCGCUCGUGUACGACUUCGUCCAUGGGGGCAGCCUCGAGGAUCUGAUGAAGAGGGUAAGGUCGCAGCAAGUCAGCCUCGGUUGGGAUGCGAGGAGCAGGAUUGCUGUUGGGAUUGCCAAGGGACUGAGGCACUUGCAUUUUGAGUGCAAUCCGAGGAUAGUCCACUGCAACCUCAAGCCGUCCAAUGUGAUGCUAGACGAAGGUUUGGAGCCAUUAUUGGCAGAUUGUGGUGUUGCAAGGCUGAUUGCAGCAGGUUCAGGUGAUCCAGAAUUGUGCACUGGCCUCUACGCUGCUCCAGAAUGCUAUCAAAGCAGCAGGUACACGGAUAAGAGUGAUGUGUACGCCCUUGGCAUGAUCCUGGGCGUGCUGCUCACUGGGAGAGACCCGACAGACUCUUUCUUCUCGGGAGAGAGUACCGGGCAGGGCGGCCUCCCAAGAUGGCUCCGGCACACGCAGCAGUCCGCGGACCCGAAAGAAACGCUGGAUAGCAGCAUCCUGGGGGACGAGGGAGAAGAGGAGGAGAUGCUGAUGGCCAUUCGGGUUGCCAUUGUCUGCCUCUCGGACUCGCCAACCGACCGGCCAUCCAGCGACGAGCUCGUCGCCAUGCUAACGCAGCUCCACAGCUUAUGAUUAAUCACCAUAUAUCGCAAAUUUCUUGAGCGGCUGCCGCUGCGCAUGGCCUUAAAACCAUGGGGGGGCGAUCAUGUUGGAUCAGUGCUUCCUGUUUCACAGCUAGCACGGGGGAGUGUGCAGCAGAUCUCAUUGUGUGGUGCUUGUGAGUCACAAGCGCUGAAAUGGUCGACAAGGGAACUGACAGUUCAAGGCCAUAUAGGACAGGCGCAGUCGCUGUGUUCCCUGUACGAUUCAUCAGUGAUGUAGUAGCUAGGUACAAUACAAGAUGGUGGUUGAGCUUCCUGGGUUGUUUUGCGCGUGGGCUGUGAAUA